AUGCAUUCACGCUCUGGAAAUGGUCCUUUGGCGACCCCACAAUCUAGACUGUCGCGUGCUCUGGGGCACCGACGCCGACGGACUAUUUCUGUUGUGUCUGUCUCCCCAAAUACCACCUCCAAAAUCAUGAUUGCUGUAAACAGCAGUCCAAGCACGAGCACCAAGACAAACGGGAGUGCAUUAGGGUCGUUUACCCUGACUGGGUGCGCUCGAGACGCGUUGCUGGAUGUCGCUUUUCCCAAGCUGGACGACGAUGGCUAUGACGAGUACGGAGAGAGUCUCGAUUCUCAUGACGCGUUUUUUGCGGCUCGUGACCGUGAUGAUGACUUGCCUGGCCCUCUUCGUCUCCGCUCAGACAGCAGCUGCACAGAUGUCUCGAUUCCGUCUCUCAGCAGAACAGCUUCUCCCUUCCAGGAGCAGUCGUCCAUUCCACCAGGCUGGGGUCAAUACCCCCGUGUUCGACCACGAGCCGUCACUUCUGUCACACUUCCUCCAAUAGCCGGCAUCCACCCCAUACUCGAAUCGCUGGAACAUGGAUCACGCGUCGCAACAGGGCCAGUUAUGUGUGCUGCCUGCGAAAAACUCGGUUCUAAUUUCCCUCGCUGCAAACACUGUGCACAAAUGUGGUGCUCUAGAGAAUGUCGAACCUCACCAUUUCAUCGAUGUCAUACCAACAAGGCAAAACAAGCCGCGGUGUGA